AUGGUCGGUGUCAAGCCAACUCCCCGUCUCCCUCCUCCAGGGAAGGCAGGGAUUCGACGGCCGCCAGUCGAGCGUCUGGCGAGCUUGAAGAGACCAAAUCCCACUCCCAUCCGACGUCCACAGUCCAUCCACGUCCCCCAGCAACAGCAACAGAAGACGAAUGUUGCCGUCCCCCCUAAAACCUCCAAAUGUCCGAAUCCAGGCUGUCCGGACCCGAAUAUAGUCGAAGAUGACGGACAGAGGGUUUGUGCCGGCUGUGGUACCGUUAUCAGCGAGUCUAAUAUCGUGUCUGAAGUCACGUUCGGCGAGGCUUCGUCUGGAGCGGCAGUCGUCCAGGGUACAUUCGUCGGUGCAGAUCAGAGUCACGGCCGCAGCUUCGGGCCUGGGUUUCAACGCGGUGGUGGGAUAGAAAGCAGAGAGAUUACUGAACAGAAUGGUAAUCGAUAUAUUGCGCAGCUUUCCCGAGCUUUGAAUAUCCCAGAGAGUGCCUCGAAGGCUGGAGGACAGGUUUUUAAGCUUGCAGUCGGGCUGAAUUUCAUCCAGGGGCGACGGACAAAGACCGUGGCUGCGGUUGCUUUGUACAUUGCCUGCCGACGACAGGAUGGAAAUACCGUUAUGCUGAUCGAUUUCGCUGACGUACUCAUGAUCAAUGUCUUCAAGCUUGGCAGAGCAUACAAGGCACUCCUCGACGAGCUGAGGCUGGGAGGAAACCAUUUCAUCAUGAACCCCAUCGACCCGGAGAGUCUGAUUUACCGUUUCUCGAAACAACUAGAAUUCGGCCCCGCCAUGAUGCAGGUUGCCAGUGAAGCCGUGCGGAUCGUUCAGAGAAUGAAUCGUGACUGGAUGAUCACUGGUAGACGACCAGCGGGUAUCUGUGGUGCUGCACUUAUACUGGCAGCGCGGAUGAACAACUUCCGCCGGACAGUCCGCGAGGUAGUAUAUGUCGUCAAGGUGACAGAGUUGACAAUCCAUCAACGGUUAAACGAAUUCAAGGCGACGGAAAGUGGUGGCCUUACAGUUGACGAGUUUCGCUCCGUGCAGUUGGAAGCCUGCCACGACCCCCCUUCGUUUUCACAUUCAAAGGAUAAGAAGACAGCACAGGGUAAAAAGCGAAAGGCUGCCGAAAUCGAAGGCGGCGAUGAUGUUGAAGACGACACAGCGUCAAUCCAAACAGAAGCUUCCACAACACAUGGAGAUAGACAAAUUGCUGCGCGGGUUGAUGCAGACGGUUUCGCCAUCCCUGAAAUCCCGAUUGAUCCUGCCCUACUAGCAUCCGAUAAGAAGAGAGAUUCUCCAGAUGGUGCAGACGUAGUCGAUGAGACUGAUUCUGACGCCAAAGGGAAACGUACCCGGCCAAGGGGUAAUAGAAAUACUCCUUAUCCCGAGCCUACCGAAUCCGAGCUGGCCUCGGAAUCUGCUUUAGAGGACGAAAUGACUGCCCUCUUAUCUUCAAACUCCGACCUUAUUGCCAACACUAGCAAACCCGCCCCAGCAACAGCGAUUACUGAAACAACCAAGCCAGAUACUACUCUAGAUAGUGCCAAAGAAAACGUCGACAAUGGUGUCAACGCAGGCGCCGACACAACCCUAACACCACCCCAAACCCAAACACAACAACCCGUAUCCUCGGAUAUUGAAAUCAGCCCCUUGGAAUUCGACGACGAUCCUGAAGUACAAUACUGCCUCCUCUCCCCUGCCGAAGUAGAAAUCAAAGAACGCAUCUGGGUCCACGAAAACAAAGAUUACCUACGCACCCAGCAAGCCAAAGCGCUCCGAAAAGCUCUUGCCGAGGCCGGAUCAGAUCCAUCGAAAUCAGGUGCCCAACGACCCCGAAAGCGCCGCAAAGGUCGAAUGGGAGAUGUUACUUAUUUAUCAGGGGAAGGGAAGAACGCAGACGGCGAGCCUGUGGCUGGAUCACGUGCUUCAACACCAGCAGAAGCAACAAGGCUCAUGCUUGAAAGAAGAGGCUUUAGUAAGAAGAUUAAUUAUCAGCUAUUUGAGCAGAUGUAUGGCGAUGACGACAAGAAUCAGAACGAUGAAGGAGGAAAUAUAAUCACGGUUAAGAGGAAGGAUAGCGAGAGCGAUGUUGACCGCCGGAGCAGAAGUCGCAGCGUCAGCGUUAGUCGCAGCGUUCGCAGCUCUAGCAUCGUUUCCGAACGAGGUAUAUACGGCGGACGAGCAUCGGGGAAUAGGUCAAGAUUACUAAAACCCAUUCGGACUCCAGUCACAUCAACGAUGAAGAAAUCUGCCGCUCCCGCAGUCAUCCCUGCCGCCAAAGUUCACACCAUUGAUCCUACAAGUCAAUUUGCAGCAGCAGUGGAAGCAGCAAAUCGAAAAGAAACGGCACCACAGAUAUCUGCGGCCCCGAAGGCUAAACCUGUACCACCGGUUGCUGAGCCCGAGAAACCUACAGACCCCAACGAGGAGAUUCUUGGUUACCUGCCUGAUGCAGAAGAGGACGAGUUACCUGUCGGCCCAGCGGGAGAUGCCGAUGGAGACGACGAUGAAGAGGAAGAGGAAGAGGACGAGGAGGAGGAUGAUGGUGUCGAGGCAGCCUUUGCCGGGAAUUAUUAUGAUGAAGGCAGCGACGGAGGGUACGAUGAUGAUUAUUUCUAA